AGACUAUGCGUGCAUCUAUGAAAAAGGCUGAGGUACUAUUCCAUCAGCAUGCUGGUGGAACUAUGUUUUCCCUUCAAGGUAAACCUUUCGCUUUGCCUUCGUCCAUAUGGUUCGACCAUAAACUUACAAGCCACUGCUUACGGAACUCGAUUCGACUUCUCAAAAUCCGAUUCAAGAAUGCAGAAGAUCAGCUUGAGGUAUCCCUCUCCCUCUCUACGUCAGCCUGGUCCUUCAAUGCGCUCUCAUACACUUGGGACAAUCCUCUCCAUGAAGAGCACCCAUACUAUACGAGUUACGACAACGAAAAAUGUUCUGUCUCAUGCGAAGGAAGCAGUAUCAGAGUCACAGAGAACUUGAUCGAUGCCCUCCGACAGCUUUCCCGAGAUGUGCAGUUGUCAGACGCGUCCGUCUGGAUCGACGCAACAUGCAUAAAUCAAAGGGACGUAAGCGAAAAAAACGCAAUAAAUCAAGUUGAUGGCAGAGAUCUACUCCAAGGCAUCUAAGGUCAUAAUUUGACUGGGGAGGUCAGACCCCACAUCAGAUCGAGCCAUGCGGCAAGCAUGAUGGGAUAGAAAUCAACCGCUAAAGAAUGAAUGGCCUUGGCAGGACGAGGUGACAAGAUCGAGCAUGGGGAUGUGGAAGUCAUUGAGAACUUCAUGCAACGCACAUGGUUUCGGCGGUUAUGAACCUUUCAGGAGAUCUUGUUGCUUACAAACACCGCAGCCAUAUGUGGAUCGCGGAGGUUCCACAUUGACGGAUUUCUAGCCCUCGCAGCCGUAAUACUGCGCAGCGAUCACAGCCCAACCUUGUUCGGUCCAAUGAGCACCGCCAAG